CACUCUCACAAUGCGAUUUCGAUGAAGGACGAAAAGACGGUUGAUUGAUUCUCAUAGCCUCUAUCCUCUAUUAUUUAUUCAAUCAAUCGAAGAUGACGGACGGCGGUAUAAACCUUGGCGCGGCACCCGCAACCUCCCUUGGCAGCAAUGACCUGCACAACCAUUCCGGUCCUCCACCUAGAGACCUGUCCAACCCUGCUGGGGCCGUCAUAGUCGACAAUCCGAUGCCCCAUCGUCUGCCAGAGGGAGAGAAUGCGGCUCCUCUGGAAGUUAUUGGAACGACAGCUUCGGACAAGCUGGUCAUUAUCAUGGUCGGGCUUCCUGCUACUGGCAAGACACACAUUGCAAAGCGCAUUUGCCGCUUUCUUUCCUUCUUUCACGAUAUUCCGUCCAUGUUGUUCAAUGUGGGCGACUACCGCAGACAGCUCUUUGGUGCCAAAAUGCCAGCCGAUUUCUACGAUCCAUCCAAUGCAGAAGGUCUCGCUUCCAGGACCAUGGCAUGUGAUGCUGCAUUGGCUGAUCUCAUUGAUUAUGUCAAACAAGACGGGGUCCGAGUGGCUGCGUUUGAUGCCACCAAUUCCACUCGAGAACGUCGUCGUCAUAUUAUGCAGAGGCUGAAAGAUGCCGGCCUGGGGGCCAAACGGAUGUUUGUGGAAAGCAUCUGCGACCAGGAGGGGCUCUUGGAAGAAAAUAUUCGAAAAGUCAAGCUCAGCACACCCGAUUAUCGUGACAUGGAUCCUGAAGAAGCCGUCAUUGAUUUUAAAAAGAGGAGAGAAAACUAUCUAAAGGUCUACGAGCCCAUUGAUGAGAUCGAUGGCCCACACGUCAAAAUCAUCAAUUCGAAAAAGUUCAUUGUUUGCAACAUUCGCGGCUAUCUUCCCCUUAAGGUGGUUCACUUUGUGAUGAACUUGCAUACCCUGCCUAGAACAUUCUACCUCACUCGGCACGGACAGUCCGAGUACAAUCUGUUGGGAAAAAUUGGCGGAGAUUCAGGACUCACUCCCGCCGGUACCGAGUAUGCUCGUCGUCUAGCUCUCUUUGCCAAGGAGUACAUCGCCAAUGACGCAGAGGAGGACCCGAGCACGGGUGAAGAGGUUAAGACUGCUCGACCAGCACGUCUCUGGACUAGUACCCUUCGGCGGACCAAGGAAACUGCUCAAUUCAUCGAGCAUAACACCAUCCACCAUACAUACGACAAUGGAGACACUAUCGCUUGGAUGCAGUUCCGGCCGAUGGCUCGGCGCAACCUCGACGAACUUUACGCUGGAACCUGUGAUGGAAUGACCUACAAAGAAAUUGAAAAGGUGUACCCAGACGAAUUCGAACGCCGUCAGAGAGACAAGCUGGCCUACCGUUAUCCACGAGGCGAGUCCUACAUGGACGUCACGUUGAGAUUGGAGCCCCUCGCACAAGAAAUGGAGCGCACCCGAGAGCCUGUAUUGAUCGUGGCGCAUCAAGGGAUCCUUCGUAUCUUAUACGCCUACUUCAUGGGGUUGGACCGUAAGGAAGCCCCGUACGUGAGCAUUCCUCUCAACAAUGUGAUUGAGCUGACUCCGCAUGCUUACGGAUGUAAUGAGAAGCGCUUCUGUCUGAUGGCGAAAGAAGAGAUGCUGAACGAUGGACAGGACGAGCCUGUAACCUCAAUGCCAACAAAGCGCAGGAGCAUUCAUGGAACAACUGCAGAAGCAGUCCCUGCUACACAUUAUUCCACUGAUCCCGUGAUGAACGCACCCAGUUGCUAAGUUUUGUCAUUGGGAUCGCAAGGCCCCACUUUCAAGAAUUUCCUAGCUAGAUUUUAUUGUGUAGAACAUAAGUGAUAGAUGUCUGCCGAAUCGAAUCUGUGCUAGUAGUAGCUGUGGCGAAGUUGUACAAGUUGUACCACACGAACUUGCUGGUGAAUCGUCGAGGUGUGUAGCUUUCAGCAGAGUUCAAGUUCAGUUUCAAACCUUGCUCUAAACUGGAGCAGUAAUUGCCACUGCCACUGAGUACUUCCGUAUAAAAAAUUGCUUGUACUACAUGUACCUUGCUGGCUAACUACGAAACAACAACACAAUGGGCUACAAUUCGUUUGUGAACCAACAGUACCUAAUCAUCUUUACUUAAGCAACAAG